GGGGGCCCCCCCGGGGGCUCCCCAGGGGGAACUCGCGUCUGCAGCGGCGAAGUCCCUUUUGGAAGAAGGACUCAAGUAUCUCGAAGACCUCCACGUCAUCGAACACCAGCACCAACACUCCCACCGGCAGCUGGUCCUGCAGCACUUGCUGCGCAACGCGGACAACGCAGAGGGGCUCAUUGAGGCUGUGAGCCAGAGCUGCGCGGGCCUGGGGACCCCCAAGGGUACUGAGGGGCAGGGGCCCCCCGCUGGGGCGCAGGCGGAGGAGGGAAAGACAGCAGCAGAAGAGGCCCAGCGAGCUGCAGAGGCGGAGGCCCUCGUGAAGGAGGCGCUGCAGAAUCCGGAGAAGAGAAAAGUCCCGGAGGCGGAAAAGGCAGCAGUUGCCUGGAGGCUCUACUCGCUGCUGAACACCAAGUGCUUCUCCAGGGCCCUCCCCCCCAAACCCCAGCUCCUCUUCGCAGACCCCAACGCCCUCAUUGCCAAGGCCGGGACUCUCCACGGGGCUUCUUCUCCCCCUACAGUCUUGGCCGCUCACGUGGCCUCUCUAAGGGACUUCCGCCGCCCCGUCGUCAUUUGUAUACACCCGAAGGUGCAGGACAUUUUCCUGCUGGGCCAUUUGCUGCUGCAGCAAAUGAUGCAGCUGAUGGGCCGGGUGUACCAGCCGUUCACAACUCUGGGCGUCGAUACACCUGAGCGCCUGAAGCAGCACAUCACAGCUAGCCAGCUAGCUCCCCUGGCGGACCAGUACGCUAGCCAGCUAGCCAAAGCCCCGCUGCAGCCGCCAGCUAGCGAUGGCUUGCCGAGGCUGCAGAGCUUGUCUAAGCCAGACCUCGAAGACCCCACUGCAGCAGGGGGUUUCAUGUCUUUGUCUCGUUUCUUUGAAGAGUCUGCAGCGCUUCCUCCGCUGCUGCAGCAGUCGGGCAGCAUCAGCGGGGCGGAGGCGGCGGUGCAGCAGAAAACGUUCGCCGCCGCCGCAGCAGCAGCAGCAGCAGCAGCAGGUAAACGAAGUCCGCAGCAACUUCGUCGUCAAGAAAGCUAUCAACGGCGUGUGCUCUUCGCCCCGCGGCGAGGGCUCUUCGUCUUCCUGCAUGAUGCGGUCUUGGAACUGCGAGAGCUGCCGCGACACGGCGUGCUGCUCCACCACGGCCCGCAGGGUUUCUAG